UUUUAGAGAGAGAGAGGGGGGGGGGUGCUUGAAAUGCUCGGCGCAUUCUUGUGUGCAGGGCGAAGUGAGCAGCAGCGGCAUUGCUCGAGACCUCGGCUCCUCGUCGAGCUCGUGUCGUCGCUGCGGGAGGGAACGUCGUCCCGUUUCAAGUCCGCCUCGUCUCGGCAUUUUGGUGGAAGUUGCGGUUCCUGAAGACACCGGGGAGUUUUGUACCAUCGCAGCCCCGUGAGGGUUGAUCUGACUUCUGCCUCCUGCCCCACUGGGCGAAAUGACGGGUCCCAGGUGAACGGAUGACCUGGAGUCUUUGUCUCUGCUGGAGAGGAAACUCUGGACUGAGAAUCACUGGGACGAUGUCAGCUGCUAACAUGAAGCCGCUGAUGCUCACACUGCUGCUCCUCCUCUGUCCCUUGGGUUCCAACCAACAGGUGCCCUCCAACUGUGUGAUAAAGAGAGAGCAGGAGAAAUGCAUGGAAAUGAUGGCGCUGGAAGACGAGAGGGAGCCAGAGUUCGACUGCCCCUGGAUGUGGGACAACCUGACGUGCUGGCAGCCGGCCAGGAUCGGCGAGGUGGUGGAGGUCAACUGCCCCGAGAUCUUCAUGAGUGAGGAAGACUACGAACCGGGGAAAGUGAUUCGGAACUGCACGGAGCUGGGCUGGUCCGACGUCUUCCCCCACUACGUGGAGGCGUGUCUGUCCGAGGACGGAGGCAGCAACCACACGGACAUGUACUACGUGUCGGUGAAGGCCCUGUACACAGUGGGAUACAGCACCUCCCUGGUCUCGCUCACCACGGCCAUGGUCAUUCUGUGCCGGUUCAGGAAGCUGCACUGCACCAGGAACUUCAUCCACAUGAACCUGUUUGUCUCCUUCAUUCUGAGAGCGAUUUCCGUCUUCAUCAAGGACGGCGUGCUCUAUGCGAAAGAGGACAGCGAGCACUGCUUCAUCCACACGCUGGAGUGUCGAGCGGUGAUGAUCUUCUUCCACUACUGCGUCCUCUCUAACUACUUCUGGCUCUUCAUCGAGGGUCUGUACCUCUUCACUCUGCUGGUGGAGACCUUCUUCCCGGAGAAGCGGUACUUCUACUGGUACAUCAUCAUCGGCUGGGGGACGCCCACCGUGUGUGUGACCAUCUGGGCCGUGCUGCGGCUGCACUUUGACGAUUUGGGGUGUUGGGACCUGAAUGACAACGUUGCCAUCUGGUGGGUGAUAAAGGGACCGGUUCUGGCUUCAAUAAUGAUCAACUUCGUGCUCUUCAUCGGCAUCAUCAUCAUCCUCGUUCAGAAGUUGCAGUCUCCGGACAUCGGAGGGAACGAGUCCAGCAUUUACCUGAGGCUGGCGCGCUCCACGCUGCUGCUCAUUCCUCUGUUCGGGAUCCACUACACUGUGUUCGCCUUCUCCCCCGAGAACGUCAGCAAACGGGAGCGGCUGGUGUUCGAGCUCGGCCUCGGAUCCUUCCAGGGCUUUGUGGUGGCCGUUCUCUACUGCUUCCUCAACGGAGAGUAUAUCCCUCAAGGUGCAAUCGGAGAUCAAGAGGAAAUGGCGCAGCUGGACGGUGAACAGGUACUUUGCUGUGGACCUGAAGCACCGGCAUCCUUCGCUGGCGAGCAGUGGGGUGAAUGGGGGGACGCAGCUGUCCAUCCUCAGCAAGAGCAGCUCGCAGAUCCGCAUGUCCAGUCUGCAGGCGGAGACGCCGGCCUCCUGAGGGCCGCCGCCGCCGCCACCGCCGCCGGGGACGCGGCGCCCGCCCCCGCCGCCGCCGCCGCGCCCACACUCGUCCCCAUGACCGUCCUCACCAACACGCUCCUCAACUCCUACCCAGACAACGUCACCAUGGAAACACAACUGGGCUCCAACGACGCCAAGCAGCCGCUGGUCUGAUUCGCUCCACCUUGAGAGGAGGUUGAUCGUCGGGUCUCAGAUCUCGAAGCUCCUCAGAUCCUCUGAGUCCAGGAAAGAGGAGGCGUCUGUCUGAGAGCUUCUCUCUGUAUAUAUUGUAUUCGCACUGAGCUCCUCUGCCAUCGAACCCAGACAUCAGCCGCUGUUUCAUCCUGAAUGGCUUCAUGUGAUGUAAAUACCCUGCAGGCGCCAAAUACAUGAGCCACAAGGAGCAGCUCAUUAACAGCCAGCGUUUGUUCAGAGUCUUUGGACCUGAUGGACGGUGUGUGAGGACACGCGGCCCCUAAACAACGCAAAAAGGCUUUGUGUCCGUCACCGACUGAUUGUGGACGUGACGACUAGCGCCCCCUGCUGGUGCCGACACCUGCGACUGCUGUGAAAGCGUGUGAUCAGCAGGUACCUGCUCUGUACAGUGAUGCCAAAAAGUCUCCUCUCGUGUGCAGUGCUGACGUUCGCCGACGACAACCACAAACACCUUGGAAUCUCAGCACUGAAACCAGACGUCAGACGAGACGAGGCUCCGUACUUUAAAUCAGCCGCUAGUACAGAAAAUGUCAACGAGAACGAGCUCGCGACCGAGUCGUGAGUCGAACUGCUUGCAUGAAACCGCGCUUGUUUUGUUUACACUUUUUAAUGGAAUUCAGCAGAUGUUUAAUCUUAGUUUGAUCCAAACAGGCUGCUGCUGUUGGAGGCUGAGUCACAGCCUCUGCAGCAGCUUUCAGUAUUGUACCGAUCAAAACAUGAGACCAUUUCAUGCUCCAUCCUUUGCUUCUGUUGCUCAUCCUUAACAUUUCCACACCUGGUUUUACAGUGUUUAAAUGAAUGUUGCUUCUGUCCAACAUGUCCUCGUUCCACCUCCCAGCACUGCUUUUCUCACUCCAAAGACGACCCAAUAACUCCUUCCCUCAUCUGGUCGCAUAUAUUUAUUAUUUUUGUUUUGUUCAGACUGAAAAUGUUCGACUCUACUUUAAAAGUGCCUUUAAGCACAAAAACAAUAAUUUCAGUUUCUUACUCACUUAAUUUCAGGUGAAACUGUCGAUUAAAACAAAGGUUUAAACAAAGUGCUUUAUGAUGUUUAGACUAAAUCCGUGUUUUAAACCUGGAGGCCUUCAAACUACUUUAACUCGUCUUUGUUCGGGAUGAGAACGACUACAACCAGUUAGUGUUCUAAUAAAGCAGCUGUUGCCUUCAUUCACAGACACUUUAUUUUCUCAACAAUAAGAGAAAUCUCUGGCAUCUAAAGUGUCUCAUGACUCAACUACAUACAUGUUUUCUUUCAUUUUCUUCCUCAUAAACUGAAAUCAUUUGAUCAAACUGCAAAUAUGUAAACUUUCUGAAACUGAAACUGCAAAAGUCUAAAUCUACAAUUAAGUGAAUCCCUUAAACACUUAAUUUGUGGUUCUGAAUCAUUUUUAUUUAUAUCUAACGUAAAAAUCAGAAAAGCACGUCCUGUAAGAGUUUUUCUCCUCAUCAGCUGUUUGAAGUCCUGCAAAAAAUGUUAUUUACAUCAUUUGCAGCAGAAAAAAUCCUGAAAAAGUCCUUAAAAAUAAUAUUUGUACAUUAUUUAUUUAAACCACACAGUAAAGUUGAAUAAUUUAAAUACAUUGUAACCUCAAACACAUUCCACAGUCUGUUCCAAAUUUACAAAUCAUCUUUGAAAAUUGUAAUUUUGUAAACUUUUUAAUCUUUACAUUUGUAUAUUUGACAUAUAUCAACUCAACUGUUAGUAUUUUGGUUUAUUUGCCUCCGGUUGCUUUAACUUGUUAAACUUUAAUAUGAAGUUUAUAAAUUUGCUCUCUAAACCAAUAAUUGAAUGGCAAAUAUUUUCCUAGCUGAUUUAAAGCAGGCCAAAUAUUUGAUGCUUUGCUCUGGUUUAACUGCUGAAAGAAGGCGUCACGUUGACCUUUUGACCUCCGGAGGAGACGUCUUUAUUUCACUGCAUUUUCCCACCACUGACCUUUCUGUCCACUUCAACCAUCUGAUUCAUAUUUGACCUGUAAAUAUCCACGUGAAGGCAAAGAGAACAGAAGGGCUGACCGGACACUGUAGCGCCGUCUCCGGUGCGACCUGAGGGAACCUGCAGGUCCAGCCUCGGCCAGGAGGGGGCCUCGUCUCAGCCCUGGACAAUCACCACCUCUGCUCUGGUGCAGCUGAACGUGUCAGUCGAGACCAUUACCAACAUUAAGACAAUCCCACCGGGUCACGAGCCUGAUUUCUUUCUGUAUUUAUAAAUGAUUUCCGUGUUGCCAUGGGAACUGGAGCCUUACAUUGCCAGUACUAUGUUGAUGUCACUCUGAGAAGUUGCUAUACUUAUAUCAAUAAAUACUCCUUUUGAAGUAGGUGCAGUGUGUGAGCGGCCUGUCGCCAUUUGUGACAACUUUGUGGUUCAGUGAAUAGCUUUUCCUGUGACUCUGUUUCCUGUGCUCUUUCUAAAUGACUGUGACUGGUUUGCUGUGUGUAACGCCUCCUGUGAUGCCUCUGUACUCGCUAACAGGCUGAUGCAUGCGUGUCCAAGCUUUCAGGCCAUUAGCCGCGGCCUCGUUCUGGGAAAUGACUGGAUGAUGUGAUUAAUGAGCUCAGACGCUGGGUUUGAACUGUAAACGGGUUUUGAAGUGUAGCUUUUCCUUUGAAUGUUGAUGUUUCCAGACAUGAGGAAAAGCAAAGAGCCGACAAAGCGCUGUCGUACCUUGUUGUUCUUACUGCUUAGCAUGACUUUUGGGUUCUUGAUGCUGGUUAUUGGUAUGAACUGCUUCAAGCAGGACGCUGAGGCAGGAAGCUGCUGAUGCUGAAUGUAGUUUGCUUCUGGCUCUUCCUCCUGAAUCGCGCUCCGUCUGAGUUCACAUUUUACUCUUUGGACUUUUUUCUACAUGUGUGGACGUAUCAACAAUAAAUGUUUCUAACUGUGAA